AUUAAGCUGUCCUGAACAUGCAAACGCAGCCUAAGUCAUAAAUUUGCAUUUCCCAACAACUACCACCAAUUGUAAAGCCAUAAACCCUACAGCCCCACACUUUCACCUACCAAACGAGGCCACAAUCUCUCAAUCCUGCAAAAUUCCAUAGCCAUGAGCUUCACUUUAGCCGCAUUAUCGUCGUCGUCGUCGUCAAUCACUUCCCUCUCCUCCUCCAUCUCCAGUACAAAACCAUCAUCUUCUUCUUCGUAUCUCCGUUUUAGCACUCCAAAUCUCCAGUAUCCCCACUCUCGCCUCAAAGUCUUUGCUUGCGCGACUCACACCCCAAAUGUCACCACCGAAAAGAACCCCCCGCCCAUUGUUCGAACACUUGGUCGCUACACAAAAGCCGCACUUUUCGUCUGUGCCACGGCCGCAAUGAUAGCAAAGCUUUCGGUGUUGCCAGCCAGAGCGGAAUCUCCUACCGCACUUUCCCAGCAAACCCCGAUUCUUGAAGAAGAGCAGGACCAAGCUCAAGCCGAAGCUGCAGCCCAAGACCGAGACCUGUCCUCCCCAUUGUCCGAGUUACUCGAAUCGAAUUCCGAAGCCGUCGAGACCUUGAAGUCGCUAUUGCAAGAAAAUCUCGAGAAUGGAGAGGACGAACAGGCUCUCAAGAUCCUCAGACGCCUGGUUGCUGCACAGCCCUCUGCGACCGAGUGGAAGUUCCUGAUGGGGAGGUUGUUAAACGAAAUGGGCGACGCCGAGAAUGCGCGCAGAGUGUUUGAAGAAAUUCUAGCUCUGGACCCGUUGUCGUUUGAAGCAUUGUUUGAGAACGCUUUGAUUAUGGACCGGUGUGGGGAAGGCGAGGCCGUGAUUAAGCGGUUGGAAGACGCGUUGAAUAUUGCGUUGGAGGAGAACAAGGCGAAGGAGGCACGGGACGUGCGGUUCAUAAUGGCACAGAUACAGUUUUUGCAGAAGAAUGUGGAGGAGGCUUUGAGGACUUACCAGGAUUUGGCGAAGGAGGAUCCCAAAGAUUUUAGGCCCUAUUUUUGUAUGGGGAUGAUUUAUAGCUUGCAGGACAGGAAUGCUGAGGCGAGAGAUCAGUUUGCCAAGUACCGGGAGCUUUCUCCAAAGAAGUAUGAGGUAGAGGGGUACUUGAGAACCCCAUUGUCGAGGAUGAAGCUAUUUGGUUCGAAUGAGAAUUAAUUUUGGGUUGUUUAGCACUGGGAAUAUGCAGCAAUAAAAUGGCAUUCGGGCAAUCCUAUGCCUAUGUUCAAUUUUGAUGGCACUUUUUGACUUGGUCCGUUGCUAGCGAUGGGAAUCAUCGUUGGGAUAGCUACUUCACUCUUUGACUUGUUUUGUUGCAAGUGAUGUGGAUCAUCGUGGUUAUUAGUUUUCUUGUGGAUCCUGUGAAGGUUUCUCUCGAUACUGAUACUAAAUAAUCUGUUUCACC